AUGGCCUCAUAUAAAGGCCAUCUCAAUAUUGCACAGUAUCUAGUUAAUGAAUGUCACGUUGAUCCAGACAUAGCAGAUAGCUCUGGUAACACGGGAUUGCUUUAUUCAGCACUGGGUGGUCACAUUGACCUUGUGAUUAUGUUUUUAAAGAAGAAGUGUAAUGUGUCUCAGUAUAGCUUGAAUGCCAGUCAACCAGACUACAAAGGCGUAGUACCAUUAGCAUUAGCUUCUAAGUCAGGUAGUAUCAAUGCAGUAGAAUAUAUUAUGAAUACUACUGACAUUGAUAUUAAUAUAACCUGUAAUGAGGGUAGAACACCUCUUCAUUAUUCAUGUCGUCAUGGUAAUGUUGAUCUGAGUCAAUAUCUCAUUGAAGUACAAGACAGUGACAUUAACAUAACAGAUAAUAAGGAAUGGAAUGCAUUAGAUCAUAGUGCUAUUAGUGGUAACAUGAAGCUAGUCCAAUACUUCAUUAAUAAUCAUCAAUUGCCUCUUUCAUCAUUUGCAUUAAUUCAAGCAGUAUAUAGUACUAAACUAUCAUUAAUUAAAUUAUUAGUAAAUGAAUAUAAACUAGGUCCUCAAGUUAAAGGUGGUGACGGUAUGCAAGCAGUUCAUUGUGCAGCUCAAGUUGGUGCUAUUGAUGUGUUGGAGUAUUUAGUAAAAGAUUGUGGAUGUUAUAUGGAUGGAGUAGGUGGAGCAACUAACAUGAAUGUGUUCCAUUAUUGUACAACAAAUGGUCAUUAUUUAUUUAUUAAAUACGUUAUUAAUAAUUAUCCACAAUAUACUAGUCUAUUGCAUUCUACUGAUGAUAGAGAUACUCUACCAAUUCAUUAUGCCUGUGCUAGUGGUGUAAUACAACUUGUGAAACUUCUAAUUAAUGUAAUGAAAUGUGAUGUCACUACUGUAAAUAAGGAAAGCUACACUUGUGUCACAUGGGCAUGUAGAUCUGGUAAUCUUAAUCUUUUGAAAUUAUUAAUAAAACAUUGCAACCUUAAUCCUAGAAUAUUUGGCAUAUCAUCAUCACUAGAAGUUGCAGUGAUGAAUGGAUGUGUUCAUAUACUAGAAUGGCUCAGACAAGAAUAUCAUAUCAAUGCAGUUUCAUUUAAGAAUGGUGUAUUACCUUUUUAUUCUAUGCAAUACAACCAUUUGUAUUGUUUAAAGCAUUUAUUAAACAAUUAUUCAUUUGAUAUUAAUGCCACUACUCCCUUUGAUGAUACUCAGUCUACACUCCUUCACAUAGCAUGUCAGGAAGGACAUGUUGCUAUAGUUCUCUUCCUCACUAGUCUUCCUCAGUUGGAGGAGCAUCAGUUGGAUCUCACUAUUAAAGAUUACAAUGGAAUAGCUCCAGUUCAUGUAGCCUGUGAAGAAGGAUCAUCGAGUAUAGUCAAUGUGAACAAUAAUGAGGAAGGAUUGCUUCAUGGAGCUGCUGAGAGUGGUAAUAAGGAUCUCAUCCAAUUCCUAGUGGAAUCACAUGGUCUUGAUCCAGAAUCACAGGAUAAAAAUGGAGUGACAUGUCUACACAUACUAGCAAAGCAAGGAGAUAAAGAGAUAUACGAGUAUCUUGUACCUCGUAUUAGGAAUAAUCCAACUCCUAAGGAUAAAGCUGGUCGGUCUCCACUUCAUUAUGCUGGCAGACAUUAUGAGAUGUCAGUGUAUCUGAUUCAAUCUUUUAAUAUUCAUCCUGAAGACAAAGACAUUAAAGGAUUCACUGGUGUUCAUGCUGCCUGUCGAGGUGGUAACAUUCAACUUGUAUCACAUUACUUAAGUAAUCUAAAAUGUGAUAAGAAUAUUUUAACAAACAGCUCCAAAGGAUUAUUAUAUUUUGCGUGUAGAAGUGGUAACUUGGAUUUGGUUCGUGUUUUAAUAGAUAAAUUUGAUUUGGUUCCUGUUCAAGGAGAUGUUGAUGGUGCUAGGUCAGUCAAUGCUGAGUCUAUUGUUAAAUUUGUUGAGGCUAGAAUUAGUUUAUCAAAAUUAGUUCGUGAGUUUGUCGAAGAGGCAGAAAAAAGACAGCUAGUACCAAUAGCUACUAAACCUCAUCCUUCAUUUUUAUCUUAA